CCGGCAGCCCCCGCGCCGCCGCCGCCGCGAUUUGAAGAUGAAGUGCCCCGCGGCCGCCGCCGCCGCGCUCCUGCCCGCCGAGUGGCAGCUCUACCUGAGCGAGACCCGCCUGGCCACCUACCGCAGCUGGCCCUUCACCGAGGGCUGCGCCUGCACCCCGGAGCGGAUGGCAGAAGCCGGAUUCAUCCACUGCCCCAGUGAGAACGGGCCUGAUGUGGUGCAAUGCUUCUUCUGCUUCAAGGAGCUGGAAGGCUGGGAGCCGGAGGAUGACCCCGUAGAUGAGCACAGGAAACACUCCUCUGGCUGCGCUUUUCUCUCCCUCCAUAAGAACCCCGUUGACCUGACACUGCAGGAAUUCCUGAAACUGGACAAGGAACGAACAAGAAACAUGAUUAAAAAGCAAAUCUCUCAGAAAGUGACGGAGUUUAAGGAAGAAUCCCAGCGUGCACGUCGUGAUAUUGAGAAGCUGGUCUCCUAGGCCCCUGCGAUUUGCCUUGUGCAGUAUCUGACUUGUAUAUAUGUUCUCUAGAGUUGCCUCUUUGUGCCCAGGUGGUGGUAGUAGUUCAGGUCCCUUUCAUGCAAGGAUCAAAGGGAUGUAUACUUAUAAACAAAGGGGGAGAUUUUCAAAAUCACCUAAGGCAUUUAGGAC